AUGAUCCAUUCACGAAUAUCGCAUACAACAUCACUUUUACCAGAUGAUAGUGUGUUAGUGACUGGUGGAGUUAGUCGUUCCGGUGUGUUGAAUACGCGUGAAUUAUAUAAUUCACAAACUCAAACUUGGAUGUUGAUUACUUCUAUGAAUGUAAAACGAUGGAAACAUACAGCAACUGUACUACAUGAUGGAAAAGUAUUGGUGAUCGGUGGAUAUGAUGGAACGGAAUGUUUGAGUAGUGCCGAAUUGUAUGAUCCGUUAGCUCAGCUUUGGAAAAUAACAGAUAGUAUAACUUACAUAAAAGACAAUGUUUUGUUAAAUCAAUAA